UUUAAUUAUCUAGGUGUGGGGGAAAAACUAGACAGGCAGAGAGGCCGAAGCUCGGUCCGCGAUGCUGUUAAUCACCCUUGUUGUGGCUAUACCCCUUUUUACUGAUUGAGGGAUUUUUAUCAAACCUCUUGAUCGCGAUUAUAAACUGGAAGUUAAAGACUAUUUGACUCUGCUCAGAAAUAUGGAAUGUUGUAAGCCGGACAGGCAGAAAGACCGAGGUACGAUCCGCGAUGCCGGAACAGACAAAAUCCAGAGAAUGUAAGCAAGUAAAAUGGGAAGCCGAGACAGGCAGAAGGACCGAGGUACAAUCCGCGAUGCUGGUCAACCCGACCCUACAAACAAGUGAGGAAGCCGAGACAGGCAGAAAGACCGAGGUACGAUUCGCGAUGCUGGUCAACCAACUUGUAGAUUAAAAACUGUCGAGUGGAAAGUCGGAGACUAACCACUCUUAGUGGGGUAGAGCACGAUUGACAUGGAGAAUUUGGGCAGGUUAUUAAAUUAUCUUGGGAGGUCUUCCCUAACGAGCGACCUAUUUUGUUUUGGCCCUCUAUCGGUUGCGAAUCGAACCGAUGUAUUUAAUAUCUGAUCUUCCAUAGCCAUCACGGUUCCUACGGGGCAUCCUUUUCUCAAAAUAAGUGAAUGUUCCCUCACGGAUGAUCACCCAUACAACUUUAUAAAGUUAAUUUUUUUAAUUUUAUAUUAAUUAAUUCUAUUUCUUAUAAGCUAGGUAGGGACCGUCGUACGCCACGUUACAGUACGAGCCCUCCAACUUAUACUUCCACGCUUUAGCUCGCAACCCAGGCCCACCAGGACUAGGUCUGCUAGUAGCCAGCUAGCCUACCAGAGUCCGGGCAAGGAGGGGGAAAAAGGGGGCCUUUCGAGGCGAUAUUGCCUAGAUAUCGGCCACCGAGAGACGCUUGCCCCAAUAUCUUGACAACAACAGUUUCCACACUUAAAUUUCUAUACAGACAAAUCCACGCUUUACCUCAAUUAUGCUGAAUAUUAUAAAUUGGAAUUGCAGGGGCUUCCACUCCAAAAGAAAUAAAAUUCCGCAGCUACUGAACCUCUGUGAUAUUCUGUCUAUCUCUGAAACAUUCCUCACGGCCGACUACAAUCUUCGGGUCGGAAUGAAGGGUUUCAACUACUUCAGAAAAGACCGGGAAGCUGGUCGAGGGGGCGGUCUAGUGAUAUAUAUCAAAAAUAACUUACGAUACAACACAUUCACAAUCAACCUAACCGAGCGUACAUGUAAUAGAAUUCAGAAGUAUGUAACUGAGAUGUACAUAUUUUUUUAAAUUUUUAUUGUAGAUCAGUUUGUGACAGAUUUAACGUGGGACGAGCUACUGCUGUAAGAGCUGUACGUCGAGUUUGUCGCGCUUUAUUUAUAAGAGCCCCAAGAUUUAUACAAUGGCCUACGGAAGAUCGUGCUGUUAAGUUGAUGCGUGGGUUUGAAAGAUCAAGUGGCUUUCCUAAAACAAUAGGAGCUAUUGAUGAAACUCACAUUCGUAUAAAUGCUCCAAAACAAAAUCCAGCAGAUUAUAUCAAUCGGAAAGGAUUUCAUUCUAUUCAGUUACAGGACGUAUGUGAUCAUAGGACUCUGAUAACACAUUGUUAUGCUGGUCACCCUGGAUCUGUUUAUAAUCGAAGAGUUUUUCGCUUAUCAGAAGUUGCAGAUUACCUGAAUGAUGAUGAUGCGUUCCCAGAAGACAGUCAUAUUCUAGGCGAUGCUGCAUAUGAAAUACAUCAGCAUUUACUUACUCCUUAUCGGGAUAAUGGAUAUUUAAGUGGAAAACAAAAAAAGUAUAAUUAUUGCCAUUCAUCUGCACGAGUGACUAUUGAAAGAUGUUUUGGUUUGUUGAAAGGACGAAUGAGGAGUCUAUUACAUUGUCUACCAAUGACAAGGGUAGAUUCAAUGGCAGAGUACAUUGUUGCAUGCUGCGUAGUUCAUAAUAUCUGUAUUUUACGAGAAGAUGAAAUAAUUGUCGUUACUAUGCCUGAAUGUAAUCGAGAAAAUAAUAGAAAUUGUUUGCGUGAAGUAAGGCGAAAUGCAGGAAUUCUUAAAAGAGACGUUAUCAUGAACUACUUGUAAAAAUGAUAAAAAUUCAUGACUCAACCUGUUAACAAUGAACAGAAUAGCUUUCCAAUUUUUGUAAAUUUGAACGAAAACAAUAAUAUUGCAAAAAUUUAUAAAUUUUCAAUUUUCCAGAGAAUGUUCCAAAACUUAAUCAUUUUUAACGAUGAUAAAAAAUUGUAUAUAAAGAAUUGUAUUAA